AUAAUGAAAACAAACCAAUCAACAAUUUUUGGAAAUCAGGCAAUUCCGAAUUAAUUGAACUUUGAACUAUCAGUCACAUCGUCUUAAUAUUUUUGGGAUUUUCGUUAGCUAAAAUAAUCUAGUACUUAGUAAAAAAUUAAUCAUGAUUCUAUUGAUAAAAACAGGACGAAGUCUAUGCUAUGCUCUGACCUGACGGUCUAGGACAUUUGGCAAAUAAAAAUGAACAGUGUAGCAUCAAUAAGUGAAAGUUUAUUUACUUCCUCUUGAAUUUAGUACAUUCAUUCAAUCCGUUUGAUAGUGAAAACAUCUUCAAGUAUUUUUAUUGUUAUUAAAUAAUAUUUUGAAAUGUCUGGAUUAAAAAGUGAGACAGGCAGGGAUCACCUUCAGCUUUUGUUGGUGACCAAAAAUUUGGCCUGUGGUGGUAUGGCUGGCAUGGUAUCAAAAACAGUAGUAGCCCCUUUAGAUAGAGUAAAAAUUUUACUUCAAGCUCAUAACCAGCACCACAUUAACCAUGGGGUAUUUUCUGGACUUCGUCACAUCCUCACUCGGGAAGGGUUUUUUGCUUUAUAUAAGGGCAAUGGCGCUCAAAUGGUACGGAUAUUCCCAUAUGCAGCAUGUCAAUUUACUUCCUUUGAAAUUUACAAGAAAUACCUCGAUGGUAUUUUCGGUCAGAAAUCACAUAUAGACAAAUUUAUUGCUGGUGCGGGAGCAGGCAUGACUUCUGUUUUUCUGACUUAUCCCUUGGACACUAUCAGAGCUAGGCUUGCCUUUCAAAUAAGUGGCGAACAUGUUUAUACAGGAAUAGUUCAUACAGCAACUACAAUGUUCAAGGAAGAAGGAGGCUUCAGGGGGCUAUAUAGAGGUUUCACUCCUACUCUAUGCGGUAUGGUGCCGUACGCGGGUCUCUCAUUUUACUGUUUUGAAUACUUAAAGUAUGGCUGUUUGAAAUAUUUACCGCAAUGGACCUCUAAACCGUGUGAAAAAAAUACAGGUAAAAUGAUUUGAGUAAUAGUAAAAUUUGACAGAUCAAGCGCACUUAUUUGUAAGUAAAGUUUGAUCUGGAUUAUAGGAAACCUUGUCGAAGUAAACAAGUAUAGUCGCUUCGCUCCUAUACUUUUGGUCCGUGGGGACCAGUUUGGAACCUUUAGGUCUUGUCAGUGAUGAGCCUUAGAGGAUUUCUUAAAAAAAAUCGCAAAUUAUCAGGUGUACUUAGGUGAGGCUAACGUUUAUCUGCCAAGGAAAGAGAGGACCAGUUGUUGGGGUAUCAUGCUUCAAAGAACCAUAAUUUGUUAUAUAGUCGCGUUGUGUGUCAAUAUACUGUCUUAUAUUUCAAAUAUCUGUGAAAGUAUAUUAAUAGUAUUCUAAAUAAAGCCUGAAUACCAAAUUCGAACAGAAUCGGACCAAUAGCAAAAAAGUUACGGUAGUCACGUGACCUAGGCUGAAACUUAAAUGUCAGUUAUCUGUUAUAAUUUAUUAGUUGUAUCCUAAAUAAACCAUAAAUACCAAAUUCAGAGAAAAGUUCCCAUAAGGGUCUAUUUAUUUAAAUAGAACAAAUAGGGAUUUUACGUCGAUUUGUUUAAAUUUUUCUUUUUAUUUUGAAAUGUAAUAGUAAUAAAAUAUCAAAAGAAUUGGCAGGAGGAGAAUAAGAAAUAAAAGAAACCAUCAACGAAUUGAAUCGAAGCUAUAGAAGCCGAGAUAUUAGUAAAAAUGUGGGAAAAAACAAAAGAAAACUGGUUUUUUCCCACGGUAUCAUUUUUUUUUCUUAAAAUAAUUAUUGACAAAUUAUAAUGUAAGCCCUAAGUUGGCAAAUUCAAGUAAAAAAACCCAAGAAAAAAAAUUUUUUUUUUGGUCGAAAAUCGAAAGGGGUAUAGCCAUGAAAAAUUGCGAAAAAAUGGUUUUUAUUUUUUUAAAAAUAAAAUAUAACUCUGACAACUUUUUGUCUUAAACAAAAGUUUUCGGGAAUAUUACGAGGUAUCCGUGCGUUAAAACGAAUCGGUUCUAGCUAUUAUACAAUCGGAGAAAAUUGGAAAAAACUAUUAAACAUAAAUAUCGAAUUAUCAAGAGCCCUAUGGAAAAAUUUCAAUUUUUUAUUUUUCUAUCCUGUACUAAAUCAGAGUAUCUUUAAAAAAGAUUAUUACCAAUUUGACUCUAAAAUGAACGGAAAACCUAUUUCUUUGCAUUUUUCGAUUUUGAAGCAAAAUCCGGGCUCAAAAUCAGUAUUUUUUCAAAAAAUGCUUCGAUUUCAAAUUUUCUUUUUUCUGGUUAAAAACCAUUCAAAAACUAAUAAAAAAGCUUUAUGACAAAAUUUUCCACGAUUUAUACGAGUGCCAUAAUAUAAAGGGAAAAAUUAGGUCCCAUAAGAGUCUAUGUAUAGGGACUCGUUUUUUCCCACGGUAGCAUUUUUUUUCUUAAAAUGAUAACUGACAAAUUAUAAUGUAAGCCCUAAGUUGGCAAUUUCCAGUAAAAAAACCCCAAAAAAAAAAAAUUUUUUUUUGCUCCAAAAUCGAAAGGGGUAUAGCCAUGAAAAAUUGUGAAAAAAUGGUUUUUAUUUUUUUAUAAAUAAACUAUAACUCUGACAACUUUUUGUCCUAAACAAAAGUUCUAGGGAAUAUUACGAGGUAUUUAAAU